AUGGACCCCUCUUCCUCUCAGCACUUCCACCACCAUCACCAUCAGGGACAGCGGCAUCAGCGACUAGCUCCAUCGCAACCAGCGGCAGGCAUGUCGACACCCUCUGGCUCCCACUCCCAGCCGCCAUCAUCUCCUUCUGCCUCGACUGCCGCUUCUUCCAAUCCUUUCGUUCGCUCUUAUCAUGAUGAUGAGCAACAAGUGCCGACAGCAGCGAAUCAACAACCAGCAUCGCAAGCUCUCCUUCAACCUCAACGCAGCGAGCAAGCUACCGCUUACUACUCAGAUGCAGGCUCGACAAAUCGUUCGCGCUCUACCAGUAUCUCUCGAACGGUAAGCUCAAGUUCGUUGUUGAGAUCAGACGAGAUUGCGGUCGCCAUCAAGUGUCCCUCUCUCGACCAGGAUUCAGCCGUCGUCAAGGUUCGGCCUAGCGACACUGUCCUCUCGCUGAAACACAUCAUAGAGCGCACAUGGCCUGGUGCUCCUCGUGCUGAAGGCAUGCGAUGUAUUCGUUCCGGUCGCAUUCUGCAUGACAACGAGAUCUUUAGCCAUCUCACUGACAGUCUGGAGGCGGACGAGCCACUUUCACUUCAUCUCGUCAUUCGCCCUGAUGCGUGGUCAGACCCACUGAAUCGUCCCACACCUUCAAGGCGCAGCUCCUAUCUUCGACAACAGCAACAACAGCAGCAGCACAGCCUCCUACGCGUCGCCUUAGGUACCCAGGCGCCCACCGCACAGGGCGACGACGAUGACGUGCUACCCUUUUGCCCUGCCACGUCGGCUCAACCGCAAUCCCAAACACCACCAAAUUUCGACGCUUACUUUACCGAUCCUGACGCCACCCCAACUGGAGUCGAACCACCCGAGGCUGACAUCCUAGGACAUAGCAGCAGUCUAGACAUGGACCACAUCCCCACAACCCGAGAAGCUGCAGAUGCCUAUGCUGUUCUGGAGCAGACCCUUCGUGUCACCGCUCCAGACAACUGGCCCAUGCUCAUCGAAGCUCUUAGAGCAGCGUGCGAUGAGUACGUGCUCAAGUAUGAAGCUGUCUACAAUGAAGCUCAGGUAGCGCAGAACAAAGCCGCCACCUCCGCAAGUACCUCAGCACUGUCAUGGUCUCAAAGUAGCCUUCUAACGAGCGUGGAGACGACGCUGCUCGCAUGGGAUCCUGUCCGGAUGCCCGGCGAGGUUGCAGCCACGCCACCUGCGAAAGAGACCCAGUACUUCUAUCAGCAGGUGUCGCAUAGUGGCUUGCCCUAUCUCUUGCGCGUUGCUACAACAUCAUUAGACAGCCAGCGCAGUGAAACACUUCACACCCUUUUGGACCGCAUCUCAACAUUGCGAGCCAUGAUCGAUAAGCUCGAGAACAUUAUCAUGCUCGGACGUCUCCUCCGGGGCGCAACUUCAAUUGGAACUUCGAACUCAGCCGCCCCACUCGCAGCAACACUACUCAACGGAUCUGCCGCUACGGGAAGAGCUGUGGCCCUCGAGCAGGGAGGUAUCGUAAUCAGAGCAACCCAACUAUUGCGAGCAAUCCUCGAUGCGUUCCGCUCACUCACGUUUGCCGACGCGACAGCAGUCAUCGUCCCGAUGUUUUUUGUCGGUUUGAAGGUCGGCAUUCUCCUAUCUGUAAUGCUGCGAAGCGCAGACACUACCAAAAAGUACUUUGUGCUCGGCAUGGCUUCGAUCUACAUCGCAUUUGAAAGCUAUCGUAUCGUCCAGCGCCGCAUGCGUGUCCGUCAACGAAUGCUGCCCCGCCCUCCUCAAUCUCCACCGCCCCACGCACCGCCUGCUGCGGGAGAAGAAAACGCCGCACGGCAAGCCGGCGCACCCGCUCCUGCACCGAUGGGAGCCAACAUUCCCACCGCUCCUUCGCACGAAGAAGCCGUCGAACGCCAGGCAACAGAAGAGCCUUUGCGUCCGCUUCCCCCACCUCAAGCACCACCUCGAUUCCGCUCUCGUACGCGUUUUUCUUAUGACUGGUGGAUUGACCACAUGGCGUUCAUUGGUCUCGAUGCUGAGGAUGCUGAGCUCGGACUUCUCCCCGCGCCUGGAACCAACGCUGCUGCCGCUUUGGCUGCCAACCCCAACACCACACCUGCACCUGCUCACGAGGAACCUCAUUGGCUAGAGCGCCUACUCAUCUCAAGCUGGGUGCUUCCCUUUGUGCUCUUUCUUGUCACAAUGAUGCCUGCUGUGGAGCAGCGUAGGAAGCGAGCGAUUGAGGAGAGGGAGAGGGUCAUUCGCAAGUGGACCAGGCUUGAACAGGAGCGUCGUGAGCGUGCGCAGAAGCUCCUGCAACGGCAGCAGGAGGAGAAGAAGGAAGAUCAGACAGCAAGUCAGUACAAAGUGACGGGUCGAUCCGAUAGCGCUCACGUAGGACCGGGUGACAAUCUGGACCUGCAGCAGAAGCGCGCAGACUACGCUGAUCGAAUUCUUCGCCAGCGCCGCACGACUGAAGCUGUCGACCUAGACGACGAGCACCACCGCCUUGCGCAGGCCAUGGCAGUCGGAGCAGGAGACGACCACGACGACGCGAUGGAGGAUAUGAACAUCUUCUGA